AUGGCGCAAAACGUCACAUGGAGAUCGAAAGAACCCACCGAAGAAGCCACAGAAAGAGGCUGUCACCAUCUCCAAAGUCCUGUCCAGUACCCGGAUCCUGACCACCAGUUCCUUGGUCCCAGCUCAGCUGCGAGACGAGCUGCCCUGCCCGAGCUGCAUGUGGGGGCCCAAACCGGGGUCAGGUACGACGACGUGGUGUGGCACAAGCUCGGCAGCUGCGCGUGGUGGCCGGCGCGCGUGCUCACGCCGGGCGACGCGCCCGCCUGCCUGCUGGCGCGCCGCCACGAGCCCACAGACUACCCGCUGCGCUACUACGGUACGCUGAACCACUCCUGGGCCCGCAGCAGUCAGAUGGUGUUAUUCCUGCCCUCGCACGCCACUCGCACCGGCGACUCGUUGCUCGCACAGGCCUUAAUGGACGCCGCAGAUGACUAUAUCGCCGUCUACCUUACAUAACUUCAUUCUACACGAUACUGGUGUGUUAUACCACCUCUCGCACGCCAC